UUCUUGAUGCGCUGAUUGUGUCGAUGGAUUUGCUUCAGAAAGAAACAAUAGGAAAAAAAUAUGACAAACGGCAUAUUGAGGUUUUUACUGAUCUUGGGACUCCCUUCAGUGAAGAUCAACUGGAUAUUAUCAUAAAUAACUUGAAAAAAACUGGCAUCUCCCUUCAAUUUUUUUUGCCGUUUCCAAUGAAUGAUGAAGACAGAGAUGAGAAUGCAUCUGCCGGGACGCAUAAUAGCAGAAGCAGAAAUUCUUUUCCAGGAAAGGGUCUAAGUAAACAGCAAAAGGAAGGGCUCCAGAUGGUGAAAAAACUCAUGUUUUCAUUAGACCACGAAGAAGGUCUGGAGGACAUUUAUACUUUCAGGGAGAGUCUGGAGCGUCUUUCAGUGUUUAAGAAAGUUGAACGGAGACCUAUGCCAUGGCCCUGCCAGCUUACAAUUGGUUCUAACUUGUCUAUCAGGAUUGUGGCCUACAAAACAUUCACAGAGGAAAAUGUGAAAAAAUCCUGGAUAGUUGUUGAUGCCAAGACUUAUAAAAAAGAGGAUAUCCAGAAAGAAACAGUUUAUUGUUUAGAUGAUGAUGAUGAAACAGAAGUUCAGAAAGAAGAUGUUAUUCAAGGAUUCAGGUAUGGGAGUGACAUCAUUCCUUUCUCUAAAGUGGAUGAGGAACAGAUGAAAUAUAGGACGGAUGGGAAAUGCUUUGCUGUUUUGGGAUUCUGCCGAUCUUCUCUGGUUCAGACAUACCGAUAUAUGGGGAACCAAGUCCUGAAAGUCUUCGCAGCAAAGGAUGAUGAGGCUGCUGCAGUUGCACUUUCUGCCCUAAUUAAUGCUUUAAAUGAGUUGGACAUGGUGGCUAUAGUACGGUAUGUUUAUGAUCGGAGAUCGCACCCACAGGUUGGAGCAGCCUUUCCACUAAUUAAAAAUGAAUAUGAGUGUUUGGCUUAUGUGCAACUACCCUAUAUGGAAGAUUUGAGGCACUACAUGUUUUCCUCCUUAAAAAAUAACAAAAGGUAUACUCCAACAGAAGAUCAGCUGUCUGCAGUUGACUCCCUGAUUGAUUCUAUGUCUUUGGUUUGUGAAGAUGAUAGUGAAGGGACUGUGGUGGAUAUAUUUAAACCCAGCAAAUUCCCAAAUCCCCUGUUUCAAAGAUUGUACCAGUGCUUGCAACAUAAAGCUUUUCAUCCUGAUGCACCUCUACCCCCCAUUGAAAACCAACUCUUAGACAUGUUGGAGACCCCCCAGAAAGUAACGGAAAAAUGCCAGGCUCCCCUUCAGAAAGUAAAAGCUCUUUUUCCCUUGAAGGAGGAAAGCAAAAUAAAAGAGCAGAAGACAGCUCAGUCCAUCUUCAAAGACAAUAAUGAAGAUGGCCCCAAUGCUAAAAAGGCAAAAACAGAAGAGGGUGAAGCCAGUUUCAGGAUUGCAAGCCUCUCUGAAGGCAAUGUGAUUACAGUUGGAAGUGUCAAUCCAGCAGAAAACUUCAGCCUGCUAGUGAGGAAGAAGAAUGCUGACUUCAAAGAAGUUAGUCAGCAGCUGAUAAAACACAUUUUCCAGUUUUUGGAAAACAGAGGGAUUGUGUAUUAUAUGAAGAGCAUCCAUUGCAUAAAAGUUUUCAGAGAGGACGCUAUUAAGCUGUCAGAAGUGCAGUGCUUUAAUGAUUUUUUGGAGGCGUUGAAAAAAAGGGUGGAAGACAAAAACUUACCAGAUUUCUGGGAGAUUGUGAUACAAGAAGGAAUUUCAUUGAUCACCAAUGAAGAAGCUGAAGGAAGCUCUCUAACAGCUGAAGAUGCUAAAAAGUUUUUGGCUCCCAACGAAAAGCCCAUGGAAGUUUCACCAGUUGCUGAAGAGGGUGGUGAUGUUGAUGAUCUGGUAAGUAUUUUAAUGUUGGCAGAAGGAGAGGAUGUAAAUGGCAAGGAUGAAAUCAUGCUAAAUAUGGGAUAUCGCUCAGAGAGAUGA